GGGAAAAAGAGCUCCCUAUGCUGGUGCUAGUUACGUGUUGGUCAUGGUUCUAGACGCACACGCCCCGUCCGUCGCCACAUGACUCUGUUGGCCUAGGCAAAGAAAGGCCAGACAGUACCUCGAACUGAAUGGAUUGAGGUUCUCAAUGUUCCGUCUCGAUUCAUCGCCGUCCAAUUCUCGACAUCACACAACAGCCCCCUGUACCACCACCAGCUCCAGCUCCAGCUGAGGGGCACAUGUGCUGCAGCGGGGCGCGUCGGGGGUCCGAAAUGGCGCCGCCCUGACACUCGACCGUGCUCGCAUCGCAUUGGCGACGUCACCGCGUGGACCGUUUAACCCACCUUCAGACACCCGUCUCAGCCUUCCCCGUCGGACGCGGCUGGGCCGAAUCUACGACGACACACCAUCCCCAUCCUGCUCGCCAGUAACACACCCCACCAUGGCAAAGAAGCUGACCAAGGCGAACGCCCACCUGGCCAACGCCAGCGUCAGCACCACCAACUCCAACCCGACCUCGUCGUCGCAAUCCUCCCUCGUGAACUCGUCCCAGGCCUCGCUGCCCAACCCUACCCAGGCAACAAACACCACCACCACCACCACCACCACCACCACCAAUACAGUCGGCAUCGCCCGCUGCCUGACAGACGAGGAGCCCCUCCCGCGCCUCGUCGUCUUCGACCUUGACUACACCCUGUGGCCCUUCUGGGUCGACACGCACCCGGUGCCGCCGCUCAAAUCCGCCGGCGGCGCCGCCCGCGACGCCGCGACCGACAAGGUCGGCGACACCUUUUCCUUCUACCCGGACGUGCCGCGCAUGCUCUACACCCUGCCCGCCGUCGGCGUGCGCCUGGCCGUGGCCUCGCGCACGCACGCGCCCGAUCUCGCCCGCGAGAUGCUCAAAUUACUACACAUACCCCCGGGCGGCGGCGGCGGCGAGCCCCUCCCCGGGAGUAGCAGCACCCACCACAACAGUCGGGAGAAGAGCAAGCGCGCGCUAGACUUCUUCGACGGCGGCGGCGUCGAGGCGCACCCGAGCAGCAAGGUGCGGCACUUUGAGGCCAUACAGCGGCGCACGGGCCUGCCUUACAGCGAGAUGCUCUUCUUCGACGACGAGGCGCGUAACCGCGACGUCGAGCAGGCCCUGGGCGUGCUCUUCUGCCACGUCCGAGACGGCAUGACGUGGGACGAGCUGGACAAGGGCGUGCGCAGGUGGCGCGCGCGGAGGCUGGCGGGGGCCGCUGCCGCGGCGAGGGCGUGAUGUUUUGUUUUCUGCCUUGUGCGAGGUGCGAGCGUGGGGCGGUUAUUUGCGUGCCAUUACCUGAACGCGGCAUAGACACUAUAGAUACCCAGCAAUGAGGGAAUGUCAAGACUCGUUUGAAUGUAUACUGUAUUCUAGGAAUGCUAUCUUCCGAGACGAGGAUGAGUGCCUAGGAGAAACGAAAAGGCAAGUCUUGGGCAGACUAUUGUUGCUAUGCUGCAGGAAAAGCGAGAAAAGGAUAUCAACAAGAAUGAUUGCAUCUAUCACAGGGAGGCUUCUGUAUACCUCCCAGGUUAUCCAGUGACGCCAAAAUCUACCGGCCGCAAACGCGGCUCCCUGGAAUCUAAAGGUGGUGCA